AUGGCCCAAGACUAUCUCCAUAAUAGACCGUCGCCGACAGAAAGAGGUGGGUUCACAAGACAAGAGCUCGCAUUGGCGCCCAUGCCGUGCUAUUUUGGGUCGAAAGACUGGACGGCGCACUGCCCAAAGAAUGUGAGCUCUGCUGGGAGCAGUUGGGCCCCGAAUCCGCAUACCGUACUCUACCGUGCCAACAUAUUUUUCAUCUACCUUGUAUCGAUUGUUGGCUUUAUACAGCAGAUGCGAGCUGCCCUCUGUGCCGUCGUCAAUUCUAUGAAUAUCGACGCCCGAGAAAGGCCCGCACGGUACGAUCGAACCCCUCUGCAGGCGAAGUAUCCCAUCGAUGCCAUGUGUCCCUCGGAGGAAUAA